GUAUGAAUACAAGCAAGAGUGAGACAGUGAAAGAGCAUCCAUUAAAACCCUCCAGAAGAUCUAUGCCAUGCCUAGUCCAGAGCCAAACACAUCCGCAGAGUCUGAGCAAGCAUUCAUCAUUUCUGCAGCCAAAUCGUGUGCAGCCACAGCCCCGGCCUCAGCCUCUAAGUGCAGGGACAUCGACAGCUACAGUGGAUGCAGCAUCAGAACGAGCUAAAGUGAUGGAGACUUUGGAAAACAACUUGCUUAAGCUGUCUAAUACAGAAUACAGUGAUCCAUUUUUGGAUGUAGGAAAGGACAAAGACACAUACACAGAUGAUUCAGAACAUGGAAAUUAUGAUGCUCGUACGGAUCAGUCAUUGCUUAUUCAAAACAAACUUACCAGACAGAAAACAGAACCUCGGACUAAAUCAUCUUUAGCAAAGUUCGCAUAUUAUCACUAGGGGUUCAAGAGCUAUAAAGAAGCUGUGUCUGUACAGUAGCCUGGUUUACUGCCUUUUUUGGUAUCCACUGAUAUUUACUAUAAUCCUGUAUAUCCAGACUGGCUUUGUACUGAUGCCAUGGCAUCAUCAGGCCUCUUCUUCAAAGACGGCAAAAAACGCAUUGAUUACAUCUUGGUCUACAAGAAGUCAAGCCCACAGGUGGAAAAAAGAAGCACAUUUGAGAAGAAUUUGAGAGCAGAAGGGUUGAUGUUAGAACGAGAGGUGCGUCUUGUAGCUUAUGUGCUAUAA